AUGGCGAGCGCGAGAAAUGCGCCGGUAUCAUCAACAGAAAUCCUCGGGGCGCGUCUCCUCUCUGAAAUAGAAAGUGAAGAAGGGAAUUUAGAAGAUCUCCUGAAAGACCUCCGGACAUCCACAAACCCAAACCCAGCACGCACCGGCAUCCCAGAUCUAGACGCGCUAUGGCACUCCCACGGCAGCCGCCAACUAUCCAUAACCGGACGUUCAUUACCGCUCAUCUACCACCUAAUCACGCACCUCAUUUCCUCAUCCAACAAAAACAAAGCCAACAGCCGCUGCGGGAGGGGCAGCACAGUAGCAGUCCUCGACCUCGAAGGCCGCUUCUCACCCUCCCAUCUGCUACCCUCUUUGGGCGAAGACCAGCUAAAGCACAUCUACAUCUGGCAUCCCACGCCCAUCAACCUAGCCGUUACGCUCUCAAGCGUGGAGCAGUUUAUGGUUUACGGGGAGCAUGCGAGCAAGGACCGGGUUUGGAGGGGGCUUUUCGUAUUAGGGGGGAGUGCGGCGGGGAAAGGUGUAAGGGGCGGGGAUUUGGUGACUGUUACGACGGGGUGGAGGGGCUGGUUGCGGGUUGAGAGGGAAGCGGUG